GGAAAAGGGUCCAAGGCAAGUCUAGAAGACUUGGUCUGUAAGAAGCAAAGCUUCAUGGUUCGGUUGUACAGAUACAAUACAACCUGUCAAAUCCCACAAUCAUAUAACCUCAAACUCCUCCAUUUUUCUUCUUCUUCCUUCCAUUUUCAAGGCCAUCAAAUUUGAAUUCAGAGGAGCUGAGGAAGACGAAGAGAAGCCCGAUAAUGGGGGUGCCUGCAACUGCAACUUUGGGGGAUAAUUUUCUGAGAGAAAGAGCGGCUAAGAUGAGAGAAUCACUGCAAAAAAGCCAAACUAUUACUGAUAACGUCGUCACAAUUCUCGGUUCCUUUGACCAUCGUCUUUCUGCUCUCGAAACCGCCAUGCGUCCUACUCAGAUUAGAACUAAUUCAAUUCGUAAAGCUCACGAGAACAUUGAUAAGACUUUGAAGGCUGCGGAGGUUAUUUUAGCACAAUUUGAUCUCUCUCGUCAGGCAGAAACGAAAAUACUUAGAGGGCCACAUGAGGAUUUGGAAAGUUAUCUCGGGGCAAUUGGUCAAUUAAGAAACAUUAUCAAAUUCUUUAGUGGCCAUAAAGGUUUUAAGAGUAGCGAGGUGGUGCUUAACCAGGCAAAUAAUCUGCUUGCAAAAGCCAUCUCAAAGCUGGAAGAUGAGUUCAGACAGCUAUUAUCUUCCUACAGCAAACCUGUGGAGCCUGAGCGUCUUUUCGAUUGUCUGCCAAAAUCGUUGCAACCAUCCUCAGAAUCUCCUGGCCAUGAUUCAGGUGGAAAGAAUCACUCCUCAAAUCAUCAUUCUGCACAUCAUGAUAAUAGCUUAGAGACUGCUGUCUACACACCUCCCACUCUCAUACCACCACGUGUUCUACCACUGCUGCACGAUUUAUCACAGCAAAUGGUUCAAGCUGGUCAUCAACAACAAAUUUUAAAAGUCUACAGGGAUACCCGUUCAGUCGUUCUGGAAGAAAGCCUACGAAAAUUAGGAGUUGAAAAACUUAGCAAAGAUGAUGUCCAGAAGAUGGCAUGGGAGGUUUUAGAGGCAAAAAUUGGGAACUGGAUUCAUUUUAUGCGUAUUGCAGUUAAACUGCUGUUUGCUGGUGAACGAAAAGUUUGCGAUCAAAUAUUUGAAGGCUUUGAAUCGCUGAGAGAUCAAUCAUUUGCAGAGGUUACAAGUAGUAGUGUGUCUGUGCUAUUCAGUUUUGGGGAGGCGAUUGCAAAAAGCAAGAGGUCACCAGAAAAGUUGUUUGUACUUUUGGACAUGUAUGAAAUUAUGCGAGAGCUUCACUCUGAGAUAGAGACGAUUUUUAAGGGUAAAGCAUGCAAUGAGAUCAGGGAAUCUGCAUCGGGUUUGACCAAACGGCUUGCACAGACAGCUAAGGAUACAUUUGGUGAUUUUGAGGAAGCUGUUGAAAAAGAUGCCACAAAAACUGCGGUGUUGGAUGGAACUGUACAUCCUUUAACAAGCUAUGUGAUUAAUUAUGUCAAAUUUCUUUUUGACUAUCAAGCAACCUUGAAGCAGCUUUUUCAAGAAUUUGAAGAUAGUGGUCAAACUAAUUCCGAAUUGGCCACUGUCACAAUGCAAAUAAUGCAGGCUCUUCAAUCUAAUUUGGAUGGAAAAUCUAAGCAUUACAGAGAUCCUGCUUUGACUCACUUAUUUCUCAUGAACAACAUUCACUAUAUAGUUAGAUCUGUCCGCAGAUCUGAAGCUAAAGAUUUGCUAGGGGACGAUUGGGUUCAGAGACAUAGGAGGGUCGUACAACAACAUGCAAAUCAGUAUAAAAGGAAUGCUUGGUCAAAGAUUUUACAAUGCCUCUCUGUUCAAGGGUUAACUUCAUCUGGCGGUGGCAGUGUACCUGGUAUAGAUGGAGGAAAUAGUAGCGGAGUUUCUAAGGCACUUAUUAAAGACAGGUUCAAGACUUUCAACAUGCAGUUUGAGGAACUGCAUCAAAGACAAUCUCAAUGGGCAGUUCCUGAUACUGAGUUGCGGGAGUCUCUAAGACUCUCAGUUGCUGAAGUCUUACUUCCUGCAUACAGAUCCUUCCUAAAACGUUUUGGGCCACUGAUUGAUGGUGGAAAGAAUCCCCAAAAGUAUGUUAGAUACCAGCCAGAGGAUCUCGAAAGGAUGCUCGGAGAAUUUUUCGAAGGGAAGAACUUGAGUGAACCUAAGCGGUAGAUAGGCAGUUCGUGGUCUCUUCUCUGGCGCGAAGAUCAGUCGGCUUGGUGACUUACAGUCAUUGCUUCAAGUUGCUCCCUGUUUCUGGAGGUUCAAAAUCUGAGGUUCCUUCUUUUCAUCAAGUUGGUGAUGAGUCCUAGCAUCAUUGCAUAAAUUACAGUGUUGUCAGCACCUUGGCCUUUUUGAUUUUUUGCCUUUUCCCCUGCAUGGGUUGGAUGGUUUUUCCUCUUUAUAUUAUUUUUUCUACAAUGUAUAUAUAGGAACUUUGUGAAGUUAGUGUUCUUUUUCUUUUUCUUCUUUCCUUGUAUCCCAUGUGAAGAUGUCAUUCAUGUAUUAAUAUCAAGCUCACAAAGUCAUUGUUGUUAUAUUAGUUUGAAACAUUCCAUCAUUCUCAAGGAUGUUUUCCCCCCUUUAAUUGUUAUUUUAA